AUGCUGAUGCUGAAUAUCCACUGCAGAAGCAGGAGAGGAGAGAGCAGGAGAGGGGAGAGCAGGAGAGGGGAGAGCAGGAGAGGGGAGAGCAGGAGAGGGGACAGCAGGAUAGGGGAGAACCACCCACCAUUGAGUCAGCUCCUGCUGCUCCUGAGAAUUCUCAUGGGUGACAACGACACUCAAGAGAAGACUACUGUAGUCGUUCGAGCCGACUCAAAAUUCAGCUCAAGGAAGACCACUGUAGACGCUCCUCCCCACCUCACUGGCCUCCUCUCACCACCUCUCCCCUCAUCCCCCCUCUCCCCUCAUCCCCCCUCUCCCCUCAUCCCCCCUCUCCCCUCAUCCCCCCUCUCCCCUCAUUCCCCCUCUCCCCUCAUCCCCCUCUCCCCUCAUCCCCCCUCUCCCCUCAUCCCCCCUCUCCCCUCAUCCCCCCUCUCCCCUCAUCCCCCCUCUCCCCUCAUCCCCCCUCUCCCCUCAUCCCCCCUUUCCCCUCAUCCCCCCUUUCCCCUCAUCCCCCCUUUCCCCUCAUCCCCCCUUUCCCCUCAUCCCCCCUUUCCCCUCAUCCCCCCUUUCCCCUCAUCCCCCCUUUCCCCUCAUCCCCCCUUUCCCCUCAUCCCCUCAGUCACCUCGUGA